AAGGCCCGCUCCAUGCAUAUUAUCAACAUCGCACAUGCAGGCAGCGAGACAUCAGAGACUCAGUCCCAUUGUUGUUGUUGUUGUGCUGUUAUCAGUCAACGGCAGCGUCAGCAGCGGCUAUUGGCAGAGCACAACCUGAUUACGAAUCUGUUUGCCUUUUGUUCGAGGUUUCGAGUCGAGUUUGCGACAGCAGCAAAGCAAUAGCUCAGCCAGCGAUCAAAUGUGGCGCAAGACCCAUUUUUAUAUUCAUUCUCAAGCACUGUGAACAUGCCAAAGCAUCAGUCUAUAUAGCUAAAAGGUGACCGGAACAAGUCGUAUAAAAGUUAAUCUGCAAGUGUGCCAAAAGAUUUUGUGUGUGGAAUAUUUGGCUGUGCGCUGAACCUGCCUUUGUCGCGUAUUAAAAAACUCAUAAAUUGCACAAGAAGACGAAGAGGCAUAUCAAUAGAUCGGCAUAUACUAUAAAUUGACAACUGCUGCGCUUCAAUAUAUGGCGGGAGGCAGCUGCCACUGCUGCGCAUUUCUCUACAACUUCGUCGCAGCGACAGUCGACAGGGAAUCUAUGGAAAUACAGAUGAUAGCUGCCAGUCAGCCAGCCGCAGUACAGAGCUGAAUUUGCCAGGAGCUAAACAACAGAAGAGAAAGGCACAAGAAAUAUCUUGAAAUAUUAAUUUGGAGCCACCAAACAGAUUCAGCUUCAGCUUCAGCUUAAACAUUGGCAAAAUGAACGCCUCGACGGGAAGCAGACAAAUCUCGCUGCUGCUUGUGCUAUUGGCACUGUGCCUCGAGUGGCAGAUGGCUGUGGCACGCACACGUGAUCUAUGCCAGGUGAAGCCCAGCACGAGCAGCCUGUGCGUGCCCACCACGCUUGGCAUUUACUACGAUGUGGAGACGCAGCACUGCCAUUUCAUGGGCUGCAGCAAUAAGCGACUCUUCGGCUCGCUGGAGGAUUGCGAGCGGAUUUGCAACAAUGCGCGACAUGUCAAGCGCCGCAAUAACUCGUCCAACAAAAGCAAUCAAACCACAAAUUGAAUAUAAGCACUUGCAAU